GUUUCUACUUUGGCGGCUUCUGCUGCCUUCUGUCAUGUUUUAUCCUCAUGUUGCUCCUGCCGGAAGUGGAGCAUGAAUCUGGCACGCUCUGGGAAACUGAUGUUCUGAAAGGCAUCCGUGAUGUAGAGCAGAAGAUCUUCGAGGCGAAGGGCCUUGGGCCAGAUGGCAAGGACAGUGUUCGGAAGUGCUUUGUUUGUGGUUUCAUGGCCCUUCUGUGGAACAGCAUGUGCGUUCGCGAGGAUAUGUGCUUGCUUGCCAAGCCUGACGAGCAGCUGAAGGGACUUG